AUGAGAGGCUGGAUUGUACUGUUAUUGCUGGCAAAGCUUGUCAAUGUAUCCACGACACAAUCAAGCAGCUCCCUGACCUGGUUAAAUUACCUGCGCAACCGGGCCUACAGUCACGGCUACGGCCGAAGUCACAGUCAGGCCUCCCUGUCUGCAGAGGAUGAAUCUUCCCAGCUUGAGUGUCCGUUGGAGUGUGACUGCCCUUCGAUGUACCGCUACGCCAUGUACUGCAACAACCGCAACCUACAGCACGUGCCAUUUGUCCCAUCUCGCAUCAAAUACGUCUACCUGCAAAAUAACCAGAUCACAGGCAUCACCAACGAGGUGUUUGACAAUGCCUUGAAUUUAUCUUGGAUCAGCCUCCACUCGAAUAAACUGAGUUCCGACAAGAUCAGUGAUAAAGUCUUUGCAAAACUGCCAAACCUAGUGCGUCUCUUUUUACACAACAACAACCUCAGCCGUUUUCCAAAAGGUUUGCCGUGCUCCCUGCGUGUGUUACACUUAAACCACAACAAUAUCUCUGUGGUGCCAGCUGAUUCUUUCCAUGGCAUGAGCAACCUGACGGCCCUGCAUCUCCAAAUGAAUCCCAUUGAAGAUCUUGGCAAUGCUCUUGAUGGGCUGCCAUCCUUGACAGUUCUAGACUUGCGUGGGAACAGAUUGAGGAAGAUUCCAGAUCGUCUACCGCUAAAGUUAAGUCAACUCUACCUCGAGUACAACCAUAUAUCUAGCGUGCCUGCUGGCUUUCUGAACGACCGACCUGAGCUACGCUUUGUACGGCUGUCGCACAACCAGCUCACCAAUGGUGGUAUACCAGCCAAUGUUUUCAAUGUCAGCACACUUGUGGAACUUGAUUUGUCUUUCAACAAGUUGGAGAGGAUUCCCACUAUCAGCACAAGUCUAGAGAAUCUCUAUCUACAGGCCAACAAGAUCACAGAAUUUUCGUUGAGCAGUUUCUGCAGAGUUGUGGACAGGAACAAUUAUUCCAAUCUGCGUGUACUGCGUCUGGAUGCCAACAAAAUAAGCCCUCAGGACAUCCCCACUGAAGCUGUACUCUGUCUGCGCCUGGCUACCAACGUUGACGUGUAG